CAGAACGAUGCUCUCCCCCGACAGCGUCUGUUUCAGCGCUUAAACUUGUCUUCUUGGCGACAUUAGCACUCUGCAAAUGGCUUAAAUCGUCCCUUUAAUCUUGUAACUGUUCAGGUUUAGCAGCGUUUUGGAACUCGGAGCUAUGUAUUUUGGUGGCAUUCUUGUGCUUGUUUUCCUGGCUCGUUUGUCCCCGGCUCUACUGGUUCCCCUUGACAUAGUAGUAAUUCAGCUGCAGCAGUGGGUGGUAUUUGGGGGUCAGCCCGUCUCGGAGCGGUUCCUCCUCAACGGGGUCCCUUAUACCGGCCCCACUAAAGUCAAUGGCAUCAUUCAGAGGAUGUCAGCUGAUUUGAUCCCACUGACGCUUCUCGCCAAUCAGACUGUCGUAUCAAGGAACCACACGAUUCUUCGCUCCCGCGACUGUGUACUGGAGGGCUCGGAGCUCCACUGGACUGACCGGGUUUUCUACAGUGGAUCACUUUACCUGUCACUGGACCACGGUGGGGCCUGGGUAGCUCACACACCGCAAGCGACGGCCCUCAAAGCAUCGUGGGUGCAGGCCGUGGGGAGCUCAGCGAGGGAGUGUAUCCGCCUUCAGGACGCAUGCGUCAACCUAAUGGGAAAACUGAAGCUGUCUGAGGAGCGGCCAGUUCCAUGGAUUCCGAUUCCUCAUUUUCUGAUCCCGAUCUUGGGACUACUGACCUUUAUCGGGCUCAUCGCUCUCAGCCUCUUCCUCUCCAUACAACAGGGUCUGAGACACCCUGGAGGUGUACUUGGCUCAAUCAUACACUACCCCAAUGACAUGGCAGAAUUUCAUCCAGAAAAAAAGGGCAACGGUUAUCAUACCUUAUGAUUCAGCGCUAAACUAUAAAAGCGCCGUACUGCACUGUAACAGCUUGAGUGGUUGUUUAUAUGACAUUUGAAUGAACCAGUAUUAGUGGCGCAGAUAAGCCAAACAAUGAUACGAGGAUGACAUUUUGGCAGAAAUACUCACUGUGUGGUUGACUUUAAAGUCCCUGUAAAGUGAAAAUACAUGCAUCUCGUAAAUUUGAUACACCAUAUAGAAUUGUGUUCUUAACAACCCUGGCAAAUUUUAAGAAUUAAAAAAAAUAUAUUGUAUCAAAAAUAAAGCUUCAAAAUUGUGAGAAAUCAAGCGCUGCUCUAUGGUCUUGAACGCUGUGGGCGUGUCCCCUGAAACCACGCUGUGCUCACCUGUCAGCUGUCCAACAAAUAUUACUUCUAUUACCUGAAAAAUGGAUGCUACUUCAUGUAACAUUCUUUGUAAUACCUAUACAUCCUUACACGUUUGAGCCGUGAAAAUAUAAGCCUCCGGUGGCUGGAAUAUAUACCACCAGGUUGUCGUGGGGCUUUUUCACAGCGUGGUAUCGAGGCGCUCUAAAUUAGCCAUGCCAGCACAAAUUCCCUGUCAACAUGCGGGCCCUCACGUCGGACUUAUUAAAAAAAUGUUUUACCUUGGUAUUCUGCCUUCUCUCUAUGAUGGACGCACACUCACGGACAACAACGAGGUGAACUAAAGCUGCUAUCUGAAGGGAAGCUGCAUUUUCGGGGUGUAGGCAUAACUAGGUAGCUAACUGUACGACGCAAUCGCACCGCUUGACCGCUGAUGAGAGCGAAGGCGCUGAAGUUUCUAGAUAGUGGGGCGAGGGACCGCUCAUGCUGGACUCCAAAGUGCCUCACCAAAUUCCAAUUUUGAGGCCAUUUUCCCACAACGCUUAGAGUGCCAAAAUGUCAACAUAUUGUUGUAUAAAUAGCCAAAGUGCAGUUAUUGUUGAGGUAUAUUCUGGGUUUCUUUUCCUUUCAGGAAUACAAUUUUCAAAUGUGCAGAAAGGCUUGCUCAAAGACAGAUUUUCAGAAACCGAAUAUUUACUUGGUUGUUAAUUUUUCACUUGAUGGGUGGGCAGCUAUUCCAGAGACCAAACUAUUAAGGUGUAUUAAAAAAAUAUAUUUUUUCCAUAAUAUAUCCCCGUGAACAGGGUAUUUGCAUACCCAUUUUCCUACUUGUAUCAUCAACUAAAUAAUUCUGUCCAGAAAUCACAUCCAUCCACUUGAUGGAUUUAAGACCAUUAUUUUAAUGCACUUUAUCAUGCGUGUGUCAUUAACACGAAUGUAAAAAUGAGCAAUAAAUGGAAACUCACCCGCUAAAAAAUGCUUUAUUUUGUUUUGUUUUGUACAAAAGAGUGAAAAGUGGUGUUUUUUAACACCAAUUUUCCAAUACCAAUUGUCUUAAUGUUAUUUUGACUCACCAAUCACAGCCAUACUGCUAAAUAUUGAAAAGUGUAAUUACAGGAGUGUCGAUUACAGUUUAAUUAAUGUAAGACACAGUAUAUCCAUUGAAAUGUGUUCAUUGCUAAAACUGUGUUUUGUCUUUAUGAAAACACGAUAAAGGAUAAUUUUAUCACAUGCUGAUUUUAAAGCAGAAUUGAAUGCAUAUACUCUACCCAGGUUACUAUUCAUUUUUUCAAUGAAAAAAAAAACAACUUUCCU